AAAUUCACCUUCUGCCCCCUCCACCAAACCACACGCAACUCUUUCUCGUUACGUUUUCUUCAGCGCCUCUCCUUUCUCUCUCUCUCUCUCUCAAUAUUUCACUCGUCUUGAUUUUUAGGGUUUCGCUUGGUAUCGUGAUUCCUCUUCUGCUCCUAAUAUAUUCUCUGCUUUUUCGUAUUGGAUGAUUUAAGGUCUUUUCCGCGUAAUUCAUUGCGGCAUUUUAAUCGAUUAAUAAAACCAGGUAUUAAUUCUUCCUUUUAUGUAUUCCUUUGUAACCAUUGCAGUGAGGUUUCUAGAUCCGAUGCGCUGUUUUCUUUCUCUUGUUUAUUUGCCCUGUCUGUCUCGAUAUGAUUGUGGUAUCGUUUUGCUUUUGUGUCCUUUAUGUUUAAUAUUGUUCUAAUGAUUUUGAUAUUAUUUUCUUUCCUUUCCUUCUCGCCUUAAAAAAGUGUUUAUUUGGUGUAUUUUGUAAUGAUUACCAAUUGCCGUUGUCUAAUGAAAUUUCAAUUCCCGUUGUUGGGCAUGCAAACGAUUUUCUUUAUCUCGUGUAUUUCAUGCAUUUGUUUCUGUUUGUCAUGUCGAUGUCUAUUUGUAUAACUGGGACCUCUUAUUGUUUAGUUGGUGGUAAUUGUGUCUCCUUUUUUUUUCUUUUUUUCUUCUUUUCGUUUUCGCUUUUCUUGAUCAAUUUCUUCUUUUUGGAGCGCUUCUAUUGCAUUAAAUCUUUGACCGAUCUCCAUCGUUUUCUUUGUUUUAGAAUUGUUCAAGGGUGUGAUCCCCUUUUGCUUUUUAAAGUUGAAAGCUUUUUCAUAGAACACUUAGUUCUUAUUAUUCGUAACAUUAAUAAAGUAUUCUUUUUAAUAAGUAUAUAUUUGUUGCUGCUUUACUAGAAAAGCUUUUAUAUGAUUUUUGUGAAUCUGAAAAUUAACCUUGCACGAUUUGUUCGAUUUAAAAUUAUUUUUCAUACUUGUCAUACACAUGAUCAAUACCGUGUAUAUGGUUUGCAGUGAUAUUAUCUUUCCUGGAUUGAGUUGCAUGUUUGGACAAUUGCUUAUGUCUGUUGAUUGUGUGAUUCAGGACUGAAUGAACUAAUGGAGUCUAAAGGUGGUAAAAAGAAGUCCAGUAGUAGUAGUAAAUCAUUGUUCUACGAAGCUCCCCUCGGAUACAGCAUUGAAGACAUUCGACCAAACGGUGGCAUCAAAAAAUUCAGAUCUGCUGCUUACUCCAACGUGAGUUUUCAAUUCUUAUUCAUUGUUAUUAUUUUGCUGUUAAAUGAACUCUCUUCUAUUGCCGUAGUUGAAAAUUUAUUGAUACAAGCUAAUAGCUGUUUUUGUUUGUUGGUUUGCAGUGCGCUCGCAAGCCAUCCUGAUACGUCCUUCGAUUGAUAGUCAUUGCAUGCAAGCAGUGUUUUAUUAGUUUUUUGUUUGUUUUGUUUUCGUUUAGGUUUUCACUACUCUCCUUCAAACUCCAUCUUUCCGAUUGCUCUCUUUGAGAUACUCUGUGCCGUUUCCUACUGCGUUCGUUUCUUUCCCGAAACACGACCAUGGCAGUUUCUGCAAUAGGUUUUGAAGGUUAUGAAAAGAGGUUGGAAAUAUGCUUUUCCCAACCAGGAAUAUUUGCUGACCCUGAAGGAAGGGGUUUAAGAGUUCUUACGAAAUCCCAGUUGGAUGAGAUCCUAACACCAGCUGCUUGCACCAUAGUCUCUUCGCUCUCAAAUGAUGAUGUUGACUCCUAUGUACUGUCGGAGUCCAGCCUCUUUGUUUAUGCGUACAAGAUCAUCAUCAAAACCUGUGGGACUACAAAGUUACUUCUUGCAAUCCCGCCCAUACUGAAGUUCGCUGAUAUGCUUUCUCUUAAAGUUAGGUCUGUAACGUAUACCAGGGGAAGUUUCAUCUUUCCUGGUGCUCAGCCAUAUCCCCAUCGCUGCUUUACUGAGGAAGUAGCUAUCCUUAAUGACUACUUUGGGAAACUUGGAUUAGGCAGCAUGGCUUAUAUCAUGGGUAGUCCAGACCAAAAGCAGAAAUGGCAUAUCUACUCUGCAUCUGAUGAUUCUGUAAUGUCAUCUGAUAACAACAAUAUUUAUACUCUAGAGAUGUGUAUGACGGGCCUGGAUAGAGAGAAAGCACAAAUUUUCUACAAAGAACAAUCUGCUUCAGCUGCCAUUAUGACUGUUAAUUCUGGCAUCAGAAAGAUUCUUCCGAAUUCUGAGAUAUGCGAUUUCGACUUUGAGCCAUGUGGUUAUUCAAUGAAUUCUGUUGAAGGGGGUGCUGUUUCUACCAUUCAUAUUACUCCUGAAGAUGGAUUCAGUUAUGCAAGCUUUGAGACUGUGGGCUACGACUUUAAAGUUUUGAACCUGAACGAGUUAGUUGACAGGGUAUUGUCAUGUUUCCUUCCGAAUGAAUUUUCUGUAGCAAUUCAUGCGGAUGGUGCAAGCAAGCCCUUUGAACAUAUGUUUUUUGUGGAUGUGAAGGGAUACUGUCGUGAAGAGUGGAGCCACGAAGGGCUUGGAAUGGGUGGUUCUGUUGUCUACCAAAGAUUCGUCAAGAUCAGUGACUGUGUUUCACCUAGAUCAACUCUGAAGUGUUGGAAAGAUGAAGUUGAAGAAGAGUAGUUUAAGUGUGGUUAUGAACCUUUGUCUUUUGUAAUAAGUCUGGUUUUCCAGACACGUUAUUAGUUUUUCUGUUUUGGUGUUUUCAAUAUUAUUGUCUCUGGCGUUUGUUUCUGUAACGUUGGUUGUGUUCUGACUUUUAUUAGUUCUAUUUCCAUUUGAACAUUUCAAUUGUGUAAUAAAAAGGAAGCACUUGCUUUAAA